AUGUCUACUCAAGAGACUGCAAAGACAUUGUUUCUCAGUGCUGAUGGGAUCGACUUUGCCUAUCGUCUCAUCGGCAAGUCGAAUAGUUCUCACCCUCCACUUCUCAUGCUCAAUCAUGUCCGAUCUACCAUCGAUACCUGGGAUCCUGAGCUGAUAAACAAUCUCACUGCAUCAGGUCGCCAGCUUAUCGCGUAUGACUACGCUGGCCUUGGUCAUAGCAAGGGACCCGUCGCGACAAGCAUCAAGGGCUUUGCCAUCAAUCUCCUCGCCUUUCUCAACGUUCUGCUCUUGAAGCUUAAUGUCAAGGAAGUUGACGUCUUGGGCUUCUCUAUGGGAGGGUAUAUCGCGCAACAACUUGUGCUCGAUUCUCCCGAUACCGUUCGCAAAUUGAUCCUUGCAGGCACAGGCCCCAGUCUUGGAGCUGGUUUGGUGCGUCCUAUGAAUGAGAUCCAAUCUAUUGUCUUCAGCCCUACUCCCGGACCACCUACCAUCGGUGCUUUCUUUCCUCCCACUACAGGAGACGAAGGUGCUGCGUGGCUCAACAGAAGCACUUCGUCACGAGCUGGCGUCGCUGGCAAGAAUGGCGAGCCCGAGAUCGCACUAUUCACCACGGGAAAGCCUCUCCUCAAUCUGACUCAAGCGUACCUUACAUGGGAUGCAGAUCCGCUUCCGUAUGCUCUUUUACAGGCCAUUCAGAAGGAUGCGCUUGUGACUUGUGGUGAUAAUGAUCUCAUUGUCCCGACGCAGAAUUCUUUCGUUCUUGCAAGACAGCUCUCUAGAGCCAACUUUGUCAUGCUUCCGGGUAGUGGUCAUGGGCACUUGUUUCAGUACGCAGGGUAUUAUGCAGGACUUGUUGGAAAGUUUUUGGACGGUGAUCUUCCGUCUCCUCUGUUCUCAGCUGGAGAAGUCCCUGGGUUGGAAUAG